CGCUCCCCAGCCAUGUCCUUCCGGAAGGUGGUGCGGCAGAGCAAAUUCCGGCACGUGUUCGGGCAGCCGGUGAAGACGGACCAGUGCUACGAUGACAUCCGCGUGUCCCGCGUCACCUGGGACAGCACCUUCUGCGCCGUCAACCCCUCCUUCGUCGCCAUCAUCGUGGAGGCCAGCGGCGGCGGCGCCUUCCUCGUCCUCCCCCUGCACAAGACUGGACGCAUUGACAAGUCGUACCCCACGGUGUGCGGCCACACGGGCCCCGUCCUGGACAUCGACUGGUGUCCCCACAACGACCACGUCAUCGCCAGCGGGUCCGAGGACUGCACCGUCAUGGUGUGGCAGAUCCCGGAGAACGGGCUGAGCCAGCCGCUGACGGAGCCGGUGGUGGUGCUGGAGGGCCACUCGAAGCGCGUUGGCAUCGUCACCUGGCACCCCACGGCCCGCAACGUCCUGCUCAGCGCGGGCUGUGACAACGUGGUGCUGAUCUGGAACGUGGGCACGGCCGAGGAGCUGUACCGGCUGGACGGGCUGCACCCCGACCUCAUCUACAGCGUCAGCUGGAGCCGCGAUGGCUCCCGCUUCUGCACCGCCUGCAAGGACAAGAGCGUCCGUGUCAUCGACCCCCGCCGCGGCACCGUGGUGGCCGAGAAGGAGCGGGCGCAUGAGGGGGCCCGUCCCAUGCGCGCCAUCUUCCUGGCCGACGGCAAGAUCUUCACCACCGGCUUCAGCCGCAUGAGCGAGCGGCAGCUGGCGCUCUGGGACACGGAGAACCUGGAGGAGCCCAUGGGGCUGCAGGAGCUGGACUCCAGCAACGGGGCUCUGCUGCCCUUCUACGACCCCGACACCAACGUGGUCUACGUCUGUGGCAAGGGGGACUCGAGCAUCCGGUACUUCGAGAUCACGGAGGAGCCGCCCUACAUCCACUUCCUCAACACCUUCACCAGCAAGGAGCCCCAGCGGGGAAUGGGCUGGAUGCCCAAGCGCGGGCUGGACGUCAGCAAGUGCGAGAUCGCCAGGUUCUACAAGCUGCACGAGCGCAAGUGUGAGCCCAUCAUCAUGACCGUGCCAAGGAAGUCGGACCUGUUCCAGGACGACCUGUACCCAGACACGGCGGGCCCCGAGGCGGCCAUGGAGGCAGAGGAGUGGGUGGCGGGGCGCACGGCGGGGCCCGUGCUGGUGUCCCUGCGCCAGGCCUACGUCCCCAGCAAGCAGCGGGACCUCAAGGUGAGCCGGAGGACGCUGCUCCACGACAGCCGCGCCACCACCGGUGCCCACCACCGGGGCCACCCACGCCACCUCCCACGCCCCCCGCGGCCCCCGCGUCCGCCCGCUUCAGUGCCCCCGCCGGUGCUGGGCUCCGGCAGCGCCACGGGAGGUCGCCUGGACGAGGUGCUGCAGGAGGUGGCGGCGCUGCGGGCGCUGGUGGCGGAGCAGGGCCAGCGCAUCUCCCGCCUGGAGGAGCAGCUCAGCCGCCUGGAGAACGGCCACGUGUAGGGACCCCCUCAGGGACCACCGCCCCAGGGACCACGCCUGCGCCCCAGGGACCCCCCUGAACCAUCUCGCCCCCCUGGGGUGCCCCCCCUUGCCCCGCUCU